AUGACCGGUUACAUGACAUUAUUUCAGUGCUGGAUUUACAAGCACUUUUCGAUGAUGCAUCAGUGCAUCGUUGAUGAUGCUUAUGCUGAGGCAAGCCCACGUGCCUCCAGGUGGCUUACGAGUAAGGCUCAUAUGACGGGGAUCAAGGGAAUCCCAUACCGGGCACGUAUAGAAGCCCUGCCUGUCACGGACGUGUGUUGGAUGCCCUAUGCAGAGCACCGAGUAGUUAGGGGCUUCGACCUGAUCUCAACCUACACGGGCCAGCUCAGAUGGGGUCAGAUAGUCGUCUACGUUCGACCAGAGCGGGUGCUUCGACAGUUCGGGUACAUUCAGACCGUCCCUCCGUUGCCUGUUCGUGAUUCGUUUACGGGUCCUGAUAUAGACGACCGAUGGCUGCACUUUUCAGACCAUCUAGUGCCCGCGGGGGAGAUCUGUGUAGUUCCUGGCCAGGUAGCGCCAGACUACAUGGAUUGGUUUUUCCGGAUUUCGCACCCGUUCGUCACGCCGACCGAGGACGGUGUCGUGGUUGACUGCCAAGGAUGUCAAGUGAUUGCUGAGGAUUUAGAGCGGAUCUUCAACCUCAGGAUGGUCACUGAAGGCACUGAGUUAUAUGACAUCAUGACUCGUUGUCUCAGGAUCGCUAGAGGUGACACCACGAUGGAAGCCUUAGGCCGCGACAAAGACGACGCAUAG